CAGCCACAACUGAAUGGGCUUCUAAUCUAUACAAACAACAAAUUUGGUCCGAAUUUGAGAAACAAAGCGAAAAAAGAAAAGAAUGGACGAAGAUCAGAGAAAAGAGGCAGAAAUCUCUUCAAACCCAUGUCUUCGCCCAAAUUUCAAAUCUUCAGCAAUUUCCCAAGAUCAGCUCGCCAAAUUUCGAUGCACGGUUAGAUUAGUGAAUUAUGUUUCACCAGCUGGAACCAACACUUUCUUAUGUAGGAAGUAAGAGCAAACACAACCUACAUUAUUGAUCAUGCUCGUCAUGGAGGAAUUACAUCGAAGACGCUUGCAAGUAAAAACAAAAACAAAGAACAAAAAGAAGUCCAAAGGUCCAUAUAAGAAAGAUAAAUUUUUAAGUGAAGAGGUUGAUACACAAGGAUGCAUGAACGACACUGUAGAUGGAAGAUCGAAAGAUUCAUGCGCAGAAAACAGUUUAAAAGGCAAGGAUAGUAAUGCAGAAUAUCCAUCAACCUGCCCUGUCAAUUUCCAUCCAGUGCUGAAGAAGAAGAAACUGCACUGGGGGCUAGAUACAAGAGAACGAUGGGAAAGAAAAGCCAACAUGUAGUAUUUGCAGAAUCAGUCGAAUGCAAAAGGAACGAUCUUCUUCGAUGUGGCAGAUUCAUGGCAUUUCAAAUUCUAAUGCUUAGAUGCUUAGGCAUUAACAUUGUGUAGAGAUUUUUUUGGAUGAGUUAUGAAGAUAGAAUAGAGGCUAGAGCAUUAACUUCAUUUUUCAUCAGUGUGAUCAGGCGUCGGUAGUUUCGACAUAAGAAGAUGGAUAAUUGGAUAUGUAUUAAGGGAGGAAGGGGUUUGUACUUUGUACUUUGUAGUGAAUGUGGUAGUUUGUACAGUUGUACUUGCUCGCAAGGUAUUUGAAUUUUUUCCU